UAAUAAGAACAUAAAUUUUGAUAAACUAAAAUUAUUAAAGUUCACAAAUACUAAUUUUAAUAAUUUAAUAUAUUUUCGUAUUUAAAUAUUACUAGCAAUUUGAUAAUCAGAUUUAAAAAUGGGUGUAACUUGGAUUCUUAUUCAUACAUAUAAUUAAUGUUAAAAUGGGUGAAAUAAUAUUACAUAAAUAAGACAGUAACAUUGUCGUUUGCACCAGAUUUAAGUAAAGUUUCGGCCUAUAUUAAAUUUGUAUUCAAUAAUCAGACAUAAAUAAAGAAAUGUGUAUAAAAAUAAGCCCAUUCCAUAAUAUUUUUAAAUCAUUAUCUGUGGGGAAUUGGUUUCGAAAUUUUAAUAGAUUAUUCUAGUAUAAUAUGACAUUAAUUUUGUAUAAUUUUAAAUGAAUAGAUUUGAUAAUAGAGUACAUCAAACUGAACAUCAAGAUUUAGAGGAUGAUGUGGUUGGGGAGAUCUUAGAGGAUAUAGAAUGCCUGAAUUUGUCAGAUUCUGAAGUUGAAGAUACGGAUUUGCUCAAUGAUGACACUUUUGGAGCCAUUGAGGAUUCUCAUUGGGAUCCAACAGAGACGUUUUUGGAGGCGGAGCGACAAAAAAAUGCUCCAAAGAGAAGGACGCGCCCAGCUAACGCAGAUUUGCAAAAAUUUAGUGAUUUUGACAUCUUACUGAAACAACCCUAUCAGUACAGACGUAAGAGAGAUUUAAACUUUAAAAGGCGUGAUGGACAAAGGAGGAAUCAUAGCCCGUCACCUCAUGAAGAUACGACAGAACCUGAGGAACGCAUUUGGGAAGAUGAUCUUGAGAAGAUUAAAAGUUUUUGUUUAUUUGAAAUUACACCAGAACAUGUUGACCAGCUGGCCAAUAAGACCGUCAAGUUAUCUGAUAGGUUUAAAUUAUCGCAAAGAACGAUUGAACGCCACGUUAGGUGUGUGGACCGUAACGAUAGAACGUAUGAACGAGAGCUUUUCAUGACGCCAAACGAGUUUGAUAAGAUUCUUAGAAUCCAACUCGCUCAAGUCUCCAAGGAUCCAAAACUCCAAAGCUAUACAGGUAAAUGGAAUCUGUAUCAUUUAGGAGUUAAAAAGGGUCCUCGACGUGAGGAAACUACUGAUGGACAAAAUGAGACUAAACAUGAUGAAAGUGAUAAUCUUAAACAACAGAAGGAAGAUAAAUCAGAUAACGAAGAUGAUUCUAAGUUUGCCAACGAUGAUAAUAAGCCUGACGACACAAAAGUCUUGAAAUCCCGUGCAGCUAGGUUUGGAAAGGCAAGUACAGCUUCAAUAAGGCAUGGUAGAAAAUUAAUAUAUUUGGGAGCUGAUGUGUCAAAUACGUCGAGAUCAGAAAAUGCUCCAGAUAUAUGUAUGGAUAAACAGGUAAGAAAAACAAUUGAAACCUGCUAUGAAACUCUAUAUGUUCUUUGUGAUGUUGAAAAUGAAAUAGAGAAGUGCCCAAUGAACCAUGUUUCAGCCCUGGAUAAGAUGCAAAAGGACAGAGAUGAGUACCUAAGAGACCUAUUCAGUAUGUUAACAGGUGAUGAUGAAGUAUUUAGAGGCAUUUUAGGACUUAACAAAGGGAGAUUACUUGCAGCCAAAAUCGGCCGCAAGUUUGGCAUUGAGAAUAAACUCCUGCUAAUAUGUUCAAUUAUUAACUCUCUUGACCGUUUCGUUGAAAUUUGUCAAAAUGUAGAUAAAGCUUUGGAGAAUAUAUUUGAUUUGUCGGACUUCAUCACUCUGGUUACUAACCCUCAUGAGUUAAAGUCAUUGGUAGCAUUUGAAAAUACCUCCGACAGUAUAUCAUUGACCACUAAUGGUGAAAGAAUACAAACUGUUUUGUACGCAUUCAAUUCUUAUACCAGACUCUACUUAUUUGCUAUCGAAGGAAUUACUCUAACAGGGCACUUGUUUCUACUAACAGGGAAUAAAGGAAGACACACUGCUCUUCAAAGAUGCUCUAACAUACUCAUUUCAUUUCAACAAAAGUGCAGGGGAUUUGAGAGGAUACUAACCACCCGAUCAGGAGUGGUUUUCAUAAACAUUUUCCUUCAAAGAAUUAGGACUAACGCUGGAGCAGUUGACCAGAAUACAGUGGACAUUAUCCUACACUACACGCUCGAUAUCUCUGAACAUAUCGAAUCUAACCAGAACGAGUGGAACUCCCUGGCUUCCAACAUUGUUAAAAUGUUUUAACAUAAUCUAUUUUAUGUACAUU